GUUUUAGGGCUUGUACACAAAACUGCGGUGCGACGUCGCAUCGCAAAAACCUGCGACCUCGCACGACCCACCGCAAGAACAUACGAACUGAUUCGCAUCGCGUAUUUCUGCGAUGUUACGUCACACUUGUUGACCAUAUUAUGUUUAGUUCGCUCUGAGACUGCGCGUGGGCAAGACGUGUACUUUAAUGUAAAAAAAUGACAGAGUACGACGUUGAUUUUUUAAUAUCACUGAUUGAGGAGCGCCCUGUUCUUUGGGACACUAGUAAUGAAGAUUAUAAAAACAAAUUCAUCAAACAAGAUGCUUGGAAGGACGUAUGUAAAAGUUUAUUUCCAAAUUUCGAGGAAAAAGAAAACAAUGAAAAAACUAAACUUGGUAAUUCAGUAAUACAAAGAUGGAGGGGGAUUAAGGAUACCUUUAAUAAAUAUGAAAAGAAACUCAAAGAUGCAAGUAGGUCAGGGUCUGGAUCAAAAAAUAUAAAAGAAUACCAUCUGUACAAACAAUUAAAAUUUCUUAAGAAAAAUUUACAAAAUGAGACCACUACCAGUAUAAAAGAUUUAGAAAAUGAGCCAGAUAAUCAAGAAGGUUCAUCUAAAACACGUUACCAAAAGCAACCACCAAAAAGAAAGAUGGUUAAUAAUAAUUUUGAAGAUGAUAUUGUAAAGAUUUUAAAGGAAACGGAGAAUAGACACAUAUCUUUUUUUAAAGGUAUUCUACCAUCUCUUGAAAGGUUAGAUGACAAUAAAACACUAAUCUUUCAGAGCAGAGUUCUUCAAAUUUUAACAGAAUUGCAUCAACCUCACGGCUACUACUAUCCGAAUAGCAACUACCAGGGUGGCUAUCAAACUCAACAUUUCGCUACAUCUCAACAAACGCCACUUGUACGUCCACAGUCAUCUGCGAGUUACAUACCAGAUCAAAUUGAUUCACCUAGUAAUGAUUUUUCUACCUCAAGCAUAUUAAGCACACUUUCAACUGAAGAAGACUUUGAUUUUACGUAAAUUUAAUCGAUUGUAAUAUUUGGAAAACUCUUUUCUCAAUAAAAACUUAUGUAAACAAUUAAUGUUUUACUUUACUUACCGGAUAGUGAGGCCAAUCAUUUCCAGAGGCAUAACAGGAAUUCUCCCCUUGUACGAUCGUUUCUGAAGAUAUGGUGAUAAUAAACUUAAAAGCUGUUCGAAUGAAGAUAUGCUCAUUCUAAAAUACUCAAAAAAUUUUUUUUCGUCGGUUUUCAAAGCUUCAUAUUUUAGAUGGAAAUAGUUCCCAUCGGGAUUCAUAACAGUAAUAAAUGGAUGAACCCAAAAUCUUCUUUGUUUCUUUUUCCUGUAUCUCCUUAGCAAUAACAAAAGUGCACACUUCUUUUUACGAUCCAUGUCACGACCUAGUAUUCAAUUUAAAAUACGUUUAGUACGGUUGACGGUCGUCGAAGGAAUGUUCACCCUGGGAGACGCCUUGCCGCACGAAAUCGCAUCGCAGCAAUUCGUGUCGCAACUUUCUGCGUUGCGAAUUCGCAUCGCGUCGUAUCGCAGUUUUGUGUU